AGACCCACGAUGGAGUGCAGGACAUGGCGUGUGACACCUUCAUCAAGAUCGCCCAGAAGUGCCGGCGUCAUUUUGUUCAGGUCCAGGUUGGAGAGGUGAUGCCCUUCAUCGACGAGAUCCUCAACAACAUCAACACCAUCAUCUGCGACCUGCAGCCACAGCAGGUGCACACGUUUUACGAGGCGGUCGGCUACAUGAUCGCCGCUCAGACAGACCAGGCGGUUCAGGAGCUUCUGAUCGAGAAGUACAUGCUGCUGCCCAACCAGGUGUGGGACAGCAUCAUCCAGCAGGCCACCAAGAACGUGGACAUCCUGAAGGACGCGGAGACGGUGCGUCAGCUGGGCAGCAUCCUGAAGACCAACGUGCGCGCCUGUAAAGCCGUGGGCCAUCCGUUCGUCGUGCAGCUGGGGCGGAUCUACCUGGACAUGCUCAACGUCUACAAGUGUCUGAGUGAGAACAUCUCCUCAGCUGUCCAGACCAACGGAGAGAUGGUGACCAAGCAGCCUCUGAUCAGGAGCAUGAGGACGGUGAAGAGAGAAACUCUGAAGCUGAUCUCGGGCUGGGUCAGUCGCUCCAACGACCCUCAGAUGGUGGGAGAGAACUUCGUGCCCCCCCUGCUGGAGGCGGUGCUCAUCGACUAUCAGAGGAACGUCGCCGCCGCCCGGGAGCCUGAGGUCCUCAGCACCAUGGCAACCAUCGUCAACAAGCUGGGAUCCCACCUGACGGGAGAAAUCCCCAAAAUCUUCGACGCUGUCUUCGAGUGCACUUUGAACAUGAUCAACAAGGACUUUGAGGAGUUCCCCGAACACAGAACGCACUUCUUCUACCUUCUUCAAGCCGCCACCUCGCAGUGUUUCCCCGCCUUCCUCUCCAUCGCCCCGGCUCAGUUCAAACUCAUCCUGGACUCCAUCAUCUGGGCCUUCAAACACACCAUGAGGAACGUGGCCGACACAGGUCUCCAGAUCCUCUACACUCUCCUGCAGAACGUCUCCGGAGAGGAGGCGGCCGCGCAAAGCUUCUACCAGACGUACUUCUGUGACAUCCUGCAGCACAUCUUCUCUGUGGUCACCGACACCUCUCACACUGCAGGGCUGACGAUGCACGCCACCAUCCUGGCCUACAUGUUCAACCUGGUGGAGGAGGGGAAGGUCAGCGUGGCUCUGAGCGCCUCCAGCCCCACAAACAACCAGGCGCACGUGCAGGAGUACAUCGCCAACCUGCUGAAGACCGCCUUCCCUCAUCUGCAGGACGCCCAGGUGAAGGUGUUUGUGACGGGUCUGUUCAGCCUGAAUCAGGACAUCCCCGCCUUCAAGGAGCACCUGAGGGACUUCCUCGUGCAGAUCAAAGAGUUUGCUGGCGAGGACACGACAGACCUGUUCCUGGAGGAGAGGGAAACGUCUCUGCGCCAGGCCCAGGAGGAGAAACACAAGCUGCAGAUGUCGGUGCCCGGCAUCCUCAACCCUCACGAGAUCCCGGAGGAGAUGUGCGACUGAGCAGCAGCAGCGUGAACAGAAACCGCUCUGGACGGGGAAAGAGUCACGAGAGAGCACGGACGCUUCCUGUUGAUAGUUUUCUUUUCAAGUGUGUUUGUGUGCGAGUGUGUGUGUGUGUUUGAAAAAGAGAAUGAGGGGCCAGAGGAAGGACCCCAGCACUCGGUUGUACGUCGACCAAAUCAAUGUCAAUAUGUAAAUGAGACUCGUCCCCCCUGACCCCCUCCUCUUAACCCCGGCGCGGAUUCUUUUGUUUUUCCGACAAACUUAUUUUAUACAAAGAUUUUUUUUUUUGUGUAACAUGCCAUCUUUUGCUAAUUGUUUUGCUCAUUAAAGCUUUAUGUUUGGCCAUUACGGUUCUUCUACACCUGCAUGAAGUAUUUUAACUCCCUCUUCAUCACCUCAACUCACCUCCUCUCCUUUUUGUUAAUAUGUAAUAUAUAAUGUUGGAACACUUGCGAUGGUUAGAUGACAGAUUGCUCUGAAGUGCCAUGUGCAUGGUGCAGGACGAAUGUGAUGCUCAAGGAGUAAACGUUGACUUCCUUGCUUCCUUUGUUGUCUUGUUUUGGUUUGUCAGUGUGUUUAUCGUUUUGUUUUUUCUUAUACUCUGGCUCUGAUCGAGUCGGAGCUUCAGUUGGACCGCUUGGAUGAGAAGGAAGGCUGCGUGCAUAUCAUCCUGUUUGUAAAGCUGUCUUAGUACUCUGAGAAUAUAAAGUUGGCUAUUUUUACAAAAAAAAAAA